UUGACGGAAACGUUAGACCGGUCUAGGUAAUUGUAAGGUAGGUUAUACAACUUAAAAAGUAUGGCAGACGCUGGUGCAGGAGAUAAAACCGAAGAAGUUGAGGUGGAACAACAAAAUGAAGAAGAACAAACUGCUUCACCUAAAGAAAUGAGAGCUGUGAUACUCAGUGGGUUUGGUGGUCUAAAAGCGGUUAAAAUAAUGAAAAAACCUCUACCAACUGUUGGUAAAGGCGAGGUCUUGAUACGGGUUAAGGCAUGUGGAAUGAACUUUAUGGAUGUCAUGGUCAGACAGGGUUUGAUAGACAGCCCUCCCAAAACUCCAUUUAUCUUAGGAUUUGAAUGUGCUGGAGAAGUGGAAGGUGUAGGAGAAGGAGUGACAGAUAUUAAGGUUGGUGACAGAGUAGCUGCUCUGACUGAAUACAAGGCUUGGGCAGAACUAACUGCUGUUCCUGCUAAGUAUGUUUACCCAUUACCUGAAGGAAUGAACUUUCUAGAUGCUGCUUCUAUGUUGAUGAAUUAUGUUGUUGCUUACAUUCUGGUGUUUGAUGUGGGCAACAUUCGUAGUAACCAAAGUGUCCUUGUUCAUUCAGCAGGUGGAGGAGUGGGACAAGCCAUAUCUCAACUUUGUAAAAGUAUACAAGAAGUAACACUUCUUGGAAUAGCUUCAAAACAUAAGCAUGAUUCAAUUAAAGAUUCUUUCACUCGUCUUCUGGACCAUGACGUAGACUAUGUACAGGAAGUAAAGAAGUUAUUUCCUGAUGGUGUAGAUGUUGUUUUGGACUGUUUGUAUGGAGAUGAUGCAAAAAAAGGGUAUAACCUCUUAAAGCCCUUAGGACGCUAUAUUUUAUAUGGAACAUCAAGUUUUGUGACAGGAGAAACAAAAAGCUUCUUCAGUUUUGCAAAAUCGUGGUGGCAGGUAGAAAAAGUGAACCCCAUGAAGUUGUUCGAUGAGAACCACUCUAUCUCGGGAUUCCAGCUGCGUCGCCUUCUUUACCAGCAAGGAGCUCAUGAAUAUGUUCGUGGAGUUGUGAUCAAAAUCUUUAAAAUGUGGGAAGAUGGACAUAUAAAACCUGUUAUAGAUUCCACAUGGGCAUUUGAAGAUGUCCCAGAAGCCAUGCAAAAGCUACAUGAUAGAAAAAAUAUUGGAAAAAUAACUCUUGAUCCCAGUAUGGAACCUAAACCUAAGCUUCAGACCAAAGGUAAUAAAGAGAAAGAUAAAGAAAAUAAAAAUGAGCAAUCUGCUGGUGAAGGAACUUCACAAGAAGCUACAGAUGCUAAGACAGAGGAAGAUGAUUCUGCUGCUCCACCUUCUGCCAACUAAAGCUUGAAAUAACAGUGACAAACCUAAGGCAAAAUACUUGCUCCAAAUUGAAAUCUCCAUUCCUAUAAAUUCAAUGCUUCACUUCAUAACAUAUCCUUUUUCUUGUCUGGUAGUUUGUUAUUGUACCAUUCCCUUGUUUUUCUUUCCUCUAAUGUCCUAAUAUUUUGCCUUUGUGAUUUAUUCUCAACUAGUUAAAUCUGAAAGCUUCGUUUUGUUUUUCUUGUACCAAAAUUAUAAAGUGUAAACUUAAAGUAACUUUUUUAUUAAUUUGAUAACUUAACUUUGAAUUAACACCUUAUUAACCACAAUAUAGAAGCUAAAAAUAGUAUUUUCUGUUGCAAUUUUUUUCUUGUUGUCAUAAGUUAAUUCCAAUAUACAUACCAUGUAUAACAUUUCUAUCUUAUGGUGUCAAAACAAAAUUCUUCCUGUACAAAACAUUCCCAAAGGUAACCUGAUGAUAAUUCUAAUUUUUAACGCAUCUUUCUCUUCAGUUCACAUAAAUUAACUUAUUAUGAACUAUACUUGCCACUAGUGUCACAAAUCUAUAUAUAACUUUUGGACUACAAACUUCAAGUUAACUGAAUAAACAGUAACUUAUUUAUUGACCAGCUAAUUAUUUUCAUAGUAAUUAUACUUGCUGUUAUCUUUGGUCGUUAGCCUAAAAUUAAAAUGGAGUUACUAAUUUAACUUGAACACAUUUUCCAGACUUAUGUUUUUGAUUUUACACUUUAAUAUUUGGAAAGAUUAGUUGUUUGUAUGUAAUCAUUAGUGUCUUUUUUUGUAGGUGCUUUAUUUUCAAGUAACCUAACACCUCAAAGUCUAAGUCAUUUGUUUUUGCAGUCUAACUUAUUGCUCAAUUUAUUUUUAUACACUUUGUAAUUUUCUAUAUUUAUACGUUUAAAUAUACAUUCAAAUGAGGUAAACUGUAAUAUUUAUUAUGUUUCAGUUUUUCUUUGAUACAUUCACCCAAUCACUGCUGUUGCAUAAUAUUGUACUUUUAAUAAUGCUGAAAUGAUCUGUAUGUCAAAUGUUGCCACUCUCAUUGUGGUUAUAUUUUGAUGUUCUAUUGUAAAUUUGAAUGUAAAAUAAAAAAACGAAUCUAGAUUU